AGGAAGAGGAGGAGGAGGUGGCCAUGGCCGCUCCUCCCCCGCCCCGCCGCCAUCGGGGUUUGGGAGGGCCGGAUUAGGCCGCAGGCCUCCCCCCCGCAGCCCAGUUUGCCCAGUAUGGGAAAUGAAGAUAGCCCAGCUGACGGUGAAAGCCCCGAAUCAGUAACUGCUGCAGGAAAUCAAAUUAUUCCCCUGAAUCCAAAAUCACAGCCACAUGUUUGGAUGCAUGGAAAGGGGCAACUGCUGCCAGGGCAGGUGGAGUGUUCUGGGUGCCAGAGGAGAGGUCAACCACAGGGCCAGAAUACGGAGGACCUAGCUGUGGAUCCCAAAGAUAGAGACAAAAAUGAAGAAGUGGAAGAAACAGUCCUGUUAAAAUAUCCUGGGCCACAGCCUCCUAGACCACCAACGAAAGCAGAGUUCCCAAGGAAAUGGAAAUAUUUGUUUUCCUGCCCUCCAAAAGGGAAAUUUGACGAAAUGAUAACAAAAAGUACCAUGAUAAUUCUGAUAUGGGCUAUAGCCUGGUGCAUCACAGGCAAGGAAGCUCUUCCUGGUGGAAACCUAUUUGGACUGUUACUCCUUCUGUAUUUUGCUAUCCUUGGGGGUAAAAUUUUGGAAUUCAUUAAAUUACCAUCGAUCCCUCCAUUACCACCUCUUCUUGGGAUGUUGCUGGCUGGUUUUCUCAUCCGAAAUAUUCCGUUCGUCAGUCAACAAGUCCAAGUCAGUCACACAUGGUCUUCAUAUUUGAGAAAUAUCGCCCUUACUAUUAUCUUGGCACAAGCUGGGUUAGGGCUUGAUCCACAGGCCCUGAAGAAGCUGAAGACCGUUUGCUUUAGGUUGUCCUUGGGCCCGUGCCUUAUAGAAGCGUGUUCAGCUGCUGUGAUUUCCCACUUCCUUAUGCAUUUUCCAUGGCAAUGGGGAUUUGUGAUGGGUUUUGUUCUAGGGGCUGUUUCUCCUGCUAUUGUGGUCCCCACAAUGCUGUUUCUGCAAGACCAAGGCUAUGGGGUUGAUAAAGGCAUCCCGACCUUGCUGAUUGCAGCUAGCAGUUUUGAUGAUAUUCUGGCCAUCACUGGCUUCAACACCUGCUUAAGCAUGGCCUUUUCUACAGGUUCCAUGGUUGACAGUAUCUUCAGAGGAUUAGGGGAAGCAGCCCUUGGUGUGGUGGUAGGAGGUUUGCUGGGAUGUUUUAUCCGUUACUUCCCAAGCAGUGAUCAGGAAAAACUGGAAUGGAAGCGAGCCUACCUCAUUUUGGGCUUGUGUGUGUUUGUCGUCCUAAGCAGCAACCGUAUUGGUUUGCAUGGCUCUGGAGGAUUGUGCACACUGGUUUUGACUUUCAUUGCAGGUUUGAACUGGGCCAAGGAAAAGGAGAGGGUACAAAAAAUAGUUGCAGGUGCCUGGAAGGUUUUUCAGCCUCUUCUCUUUGGUUUAGUUGGAGCAGAGAUAUCUGUUGCCUCUCUCACACCAGGAAUAAUAGGUAUUUGUGUAACCACCUUGAGUCUAGCGGUGGUGGUACGCAUUUUUAUAACAUUCCAGAUGGUGAGUUUUGCUGGCUUUAACAUUAAGGAAAAAAUCUUCAUUUCUUUGGCAUGGAUUCCUAAAGCCACAGUCCAGGCGGUAUUAGGUCCCCUGGCUUUAGAGACAGCCCGAGCCAGUAACAAGAGCCAGCUGGAAGAACCUGCCAAGACUGUGAUGACGGUAGCAUUCCUGGCCAUACUGAUCACAGCUCCCAACGGCGCCCUGCUUAUCGGUCUACUUGGCUCCAAACUGCUGAAGAAAAAAGAAAAAGGUCUGAAUGAAGAGAACAUUGAAGAAGGAGAACUACCUGUGGAAGGACACUAGAGAGAAAAAAGAUGGUUGGGAGGGCGGGGAUUAUGAGUUGGCUAAUCACCUACUAUAUCUGUUGAUGGGUUUUUAAAGGAAAAGGUGAACCGGGUAACGAUUAGCUUUGGAUGCAGUAGACGGAAGGCUUCAGGAAUUCUGCUCUGCUUAUCUAGUUUUUCCUUAUGGUUCAGCCAGGGCCAGUUCCCUCACCUGUGAUGAAAAGAGCUGGAACUACAGGAAUCCAUCACGACUAAACAAGGCCUGGGAGAGCCACUCACAGAAAUAAGUGGAUAAUCGUGUGAAGGAUCCAAGCCCGAGAAGGAUCAUUAAGGUGGUCCAAAGGUCUCUUACUAGGGAGGAUGAUAUAACAGGAGAUGAAGCAAAAUAGGAAAUAAACACCAGAUGAAUGUCAGAAAAACAUUUCAGAAAGAAAAAGGAUUAUGGCCUUUCACCAAGGGAAGGGGUCAAAGGGCCCAUCUCUUUAACCUAGUUAGUUUAGAAGGACAUCACAGAGCCAAGAUGAGGGUAGGCCCUAAUGCUAUUCCCUGUCCGUGUGUCUUUCCACUCUCCCUUAGUUUGGCCACAAGCUGAGAUGAGUAUGAGGGCAACAACAGCAGCCCCUGCGCCCUGUUAAGACCAAUGAAGCCUGGGCGGUGGGAGUCCGAUGAUCUCUUUGUACCAAGAUGCUCCCGCAGAUGUCAACAGAGAAUGCUCAAGGGAGAGAGAGCACCUGACAUUCCCCGAAAGAAAUGAUAUAGCAGCUACUGUUUCCUUGUUUCAUUUUUACUAUUUUAUGCACAUGUGCAAAUGAUAACCCAAAUUUUUUUAAAAAAACACCAAACCAAAAAACCCUCAAGAUUCAAGUGGUUUUGAAGUUGUCCCAGAAAAAAGAAAAAAGAAAAAAAAAACUUUGGCUUUGAGGUCUUGGCUUGAAUAGGCUACGCGAACUGUAAAUCUUGGCUUGGAUGCCUUGGAGAGAUCUGCUGGGUAAGACAGACAGAGGGACACUGCGGUAAAUUUGCAAUUCAAACCACUUCAUUUGGAAAGCUAGAGUAGGAGUUGCCUACUGUUCCAGAGAAGGAAGCGAUGGUAGUCAUCUCUAAAUAUGGCUGGCGAUUUGGAUGAAAUUGCCAAACGUUAGAGAAGCGUGGGGUAUAAAACGAACAUUUAUGUAGUGUGUGACCUCAAAGAAGGUGCCCAUUUCUUGUUUGAUCAGUUCCUUUCAUAAAGAUGUCACAAUACUUGUACGUGCUUUUCUGUCAUGAACCCGGGGAGCACUAGCCGUCUCAACUAUCUUAGCACCAGCCUUUUUCCUUUAUUCUGCAACUAUAUACAGAUAUGUUACCUAAUAUAGCUUAUGUCAUAUGGGCUUCCUCCCAUCACCAGCACAUUAUUGAACGGUAUUUAAAGAGUCCUGGUCCGUUUUGCUGCCCCUAUUCAAGUUGAACUAUUUCCUGAAAAAGGAAGAGAGCCACACCUGAAUCCUAAAAGAUUAACCAGUAUUUACAUAUUAUAUCUACCUCCUCUGUGUCUGUCAUACUCAAAGAUUUUGUUAUUCAAAAUGAUUUGGCAGGUACAUGGGGUCUUUUCCGAUCUUGUUUGAACGUUUUAAAUGGAAAUCCGCUCUCUCUGAAUUUUUUUCAUCCGUACCCAGCAUUCUCUUUUUCUCAACCUUACACUAAAUUACUCAUGCAUAUAUAUUUGUUAUAGAUGUUAAUUGAACCUAUUUAUUGUAAAAUAAAUGGAAGAAUUUUAUUUCUUACAGUACAAAUUUA